CGUGGCUUGGGCUUUGCGUGAGUGGAGCAAGCUGAGCGGUUGCGGUCAGCUAGUGAGAUUUCCCGUCAGCCCCUCAGCGAAACAGCCGAGGCGAAGGCGAGGGAUGGCGGAGAACAACUCGGAAAGUAGCGGCUCCGUUCACCGCCGGUGUUUGAGCCAUUCUUCGGCGGAGAGAAGCCCCACGCCCGGUACGGGCUCGUCCAAGUGGAUUCGUCUAAACGUCGGCGGGACCUAUUUUUUAACAACUCGACAGACAUUGUGUCGAGAUCCCAAAUCGUUUCUUUACAGGCUGAGCCAAGCUGACCCGGAGCUCGAUUCCGACAAGGACGAAACCGGUGCUUAUCUCAUUGACAGAGACCCAACUUACUUUGGGCCAGUGCUCAACUACUUGAGGCACGGCAAGCUGGUGCUUAAUAGGGACUUGGCAGAGGAAGGUGUCCUGGAAGAAGCCGAAUUUUACAACAUCACAUCAUUAAUAAAGCUCAUCAAGGACAAGAUCAGGGAAAGGGACUGCAAGACAUCACAGGUGCCGGUGAAGCAUGUAUACCGGGUGCUUCAGUGCCAGGAAGAGGAGCUGACGCAGAUGGUGUCAACCAUGUCGGACGGCUGGAAGUUUGAACAGCUUGUCAGUAUAGGUUACGGGCGGGCCCACCGGUCUGAGUUUCUACUCAUUGUGUCAAGGGAGGUGAAGGGCGAGGAGUCGGCUUUGGCAAGCAACAAAGCAGAGCUGGUCAGCAUCGGCUCGUCUUACAACUACGGCAACGAAGACCAAGCUGAGUUCCUGUGCGUUGUCUCCAAGGAGCUGCACAAUCAAUCCUACGGAACAAACAGUGAGCCCAGCGAGAAGGCAAAGAUUCUUCAGGAAAGGGGUUCCCGUAUGUGAAGACGACAAGUAUUAGGAGCUCCAGGUGUUAUGAUGCAAACAUAUCAUUCUCAUGGAAAACUAUUUGGCACAAGAGAGGAGAUUCAAGCAGGCGGGAUGAUGCAAACAUAUCAUUCUCAUGGAAAACUAUUUGGCACAAGAGAGGAGAUGCAAGCGGGCGGGUGCUGUGCAUUUAUAUUAUGUUUCCCUCCAUUUUUGUUUGAUGUAAAUAUGACUGCUUACUGACAAUUGGUGCCUGUACAUUUGAACUGGAACUCCCCCCCCCUCCUUUUUUUUUUUUUUGAAAAGCUAAUUGAAAAAAAUAUGGCCGUCGUCAUAGUGGCCAGUGAUUCUCUCAGGGUCAUCUAUCUAUUGACUUAAUGAUAUCCUCCAACUUGAUCUGGCAAGGGAUCCGGGCGCUUUUUUGUAAUUCAAAGGCGUCACAUUGUUUGGAGAUGGCAAGAAGGGAAUUUGCAUUUAUUUCAAGAUAACAACCUGAAGUCAACAACUUUUUUUAGCAGCUUCAGUGAGGUUUGCGGCCGUGGUACCUACUGUAUCAUUUUGUAGCGCCAUGCAGUGUCUUCCAACAAGGCCCCGACGCCGCAGAUGUUUGUGGUAAUAGUAGUCAAGCUUUUCUCUGCACUUAAGUAGGACAUUUCAAACUCAAAAUUGCUGCAGCUCAUUGGAAAAAAAAAAAAACUACUCGCUUGUAUAUAAUUGAAUUAGAGAUACAUCAGAACUGCUUAAUAUGAUGUAGUUCAGUUUGGCAGUCAUGUUCGGAACUUUUUUUUGUUUUUCCCCAGACUGACUUAUUGAGUCUAUUGUUUUUGUUCGAGGGAGCAACUCAUUUUAUAUCAGUUUUCGGUGGUAGAAGAAGUAUUUCGGGGCGUAGGAGGAUUGCGGACUGGAAUUGUUUUGUUUUACUUUUUGAGGACAGUGAACAAAUCUCUGUUCAUAUCCAGAGAACCUAGUUUUGGUGUAAAUAAUCAAAAAAAAAACCAUUGAUAUUUAACUUUUUUGGGGGGGGGUGCACGUUUUGUACACUGUAUAGAAAACUACAACUUCAAAUUUGAAGUUGUUCUACUGGAUCUUUUUCAACAACAGCAACAAACGAGAAAAAACGAUGACCCUCUGUUUUGCAUUUGUACAGGAAUUAAGAAAUUUCCGAGUGAGAUUGAACAAGGUGUCUUUUCGCUAUGAACAUGCCUCGACAUGUUUUAUUAACACAAAGCCAUACUUGGCUUUGAAGUUGACUGUUACAUGAUAUUUUUCUUUUCGCCUGCCGUGUGCUAGAUUCGAGUAGACAUUUUGGAAAUGAGUAGUUCAUACACAGCAUUACAAGUACUACAGUGGGGGCGGGGGGGGGUACACACUGUGCACAUUGCUAACAGCCUGUAAUGUUACUGCAAAUUCUGCAAUUUCUUUUUGAAACAGUUAUUUUAGGCUUUGAUGUGCAUAGGUUGAAAUUCACAAUUCAUCAUUUGGUCUUGCCUUGUUUCCCCCCUUCCCCUAAUGACCAAAAUCCAAUGUCUUACGUGUACUGCACACAUCUUUAGUGUCAGGGAAGAGCAAAACAUUUUUUCUUAUUGCCGGCACCCUUUGUACAUAUAAACUCGUUAACACAUUUAUUCACGCAUACACUUGACUAAAAUCUUUUUCUAAGUAUGGAUGCAUGUUUUUUUUUAUAUAGAUUCACAUUUCCCCUCACACAAGGGCUCUUUAAGUAAAAAAAAAAAAGAAAGUUUUUUGUUUUUUUUUAAUUAGCAAAAAGCUUCAACCAGAGUCAACUGGAGGUUCUGCAAGUGCUGUUUACAUUUGCGCGAGUAUUCUGAAGCCUUCCGCCGCGUGUUCUGUGUUGCACUCCCGAAUACACGUCAACGGUGUGUGAGCCCACCUGUGUUAAUACGCACUCCGCGAGGACGGACGACACACGCGCUGACUAAUUUUAUGCCACUCCAUUUGCCAGGCACUGCUGCAAGAUUAUUUUUUUCCUGGAGCUAUAUUAUUACAAAUAAUUUAUAAGUAUAUUUUAAAAUAUCAAGUAAAAUGCUGGAGGGGCUUAACUGGGCCGUUUGGCAAUGGGGCCAUUACGCUAUAGCACCCCUGAAACGCCGGUGUUGUGCCAUCCCUGCUAUCCGCCCCCUCGAGCGUUGCAGACAAUCUUCUUUUCAGCCCUCCUCUUGGCAAUUAUAAAACUUACCUACUUGGAUUUAGAAUGGUUGUCCUUUUUUUCUUUUGAAAAGCGGGGGUGUACCUUUGCAAUGAUAUUUUUCCUAUUUUGCCGUUUGUGGUUCCGUCAUCUCAGUGGAGAUGUUAGGGCAAGGCCUUCCGACGCCUCAAGAUGACCCUUGCGGCCCUUUGCGGUCGUGCAGUUGAUCAUGUGGCAUGUGUAAUAUUUUUGUGUGACAUAAAAUCUUAUCAGAGCUGUAGCCUACUACUCUUAAGUGCCCUGUUUGUUUUUGCAUCUCAAAUCAUAAGCCACAGACCACCGCGAUGCAUGAAUCAAGAUAAUGUCUUGUUUGUAAAAGAAUGGAUCGUCAUUGUUUUCCCCUUUGGAUCUGACAGUUACAUUAAUGAUCAAUGUUCUCAUAUCACUAAGUACAUCACUUCUAUAUGAUCUUAUGCAAUGUGUAUAAACUAUGAAUAAGGUUAAGGAGAUUAUUCUGGUCUUGCGCAAGGUAAACCCAAUAAAAAAAUGUCAUCCAUA